CGAACGGAUUUUAUCUGAUUUCCGACAAAUAAUUCCUAUACAAACCUGGCGAUGUCUUUGUGAUUUGGUCUAAUCCCCAAGAAGAAGUCUUUGCGGUUCUGUUUGAUUUCCCACAAAUCCAGGUCUUUUUGUGGUUGAUUAUCCGAGUCGAAUUUAGGGUUUUUGGGCGACCAUGAAACGCAAGGAGCGAGAGGAGGAGAGGUUGUGUAGGAGCCGAAGUAAGAUAGGUCCGAUUGCAGUUGAUCUGAAGACUGCUAGAGUGACUAGAUUGCCUGCGAGGUCGACCCACCAAGAAGCACUCCCUCAAUCCAUGAAACGCAAGAAGGAGGCGGAUGGUAAUGAGACAAGCCCAAGUAGUAAGUUCGAUUCGCUCCCUUUCGAUCUAAAGAUGGCUAUAGUGAGUAGAAUGGGUGCCAAGUCUCUUAUGAAGUUCCGAUGCGUGUCAAAAAUUUGGUCUUCCAUCAUCCGAAGCAGAGGGUUCAUCGAUUCCUUCUUCUCUAUGUCCUCAAAGCAAUCGCCCCGGUUUAUAGUCGCUUUGGCUAACGGUGUAUGCAAUGAGCCUGAAGCGAAGCUCACCUUCUUCUUCUCGUUUGGGGAGUCUUGUUCUUCUUCUUCUUUGGUACCAAACUUGGAGAUGGCAAUACCAGUGGGACUGAGUUCCAUCAGAGAGUCUUUCGCUUCUCUCCAUGGCUUUCUCACCGUUGGCGUUCAUGGUGGGUUGAUGGUGUGUAACCCUAGCACGGAGCAGGUCAUAAAGUUGCACAGUUCCACCAGAUUCGUGGGAUACGAUCCGAUUGAAGGUCAACAUAAGGCAUUGUUUGUGGAAUCGAGAGUCUCUCGUUCUUCUGUUCAUCAAGACCACAAGGUGUUAACAUUGGGAGGAGGAUCAUGGAGACACAUUGAGGGUACCCCUGGACCUUAUAGACCGAUAUCAGUGGGAGUAUGCGUCAAUGGUGUCAUCUACUAUGGUGCUCGUAACUCACCCCAUUUUAGGAAUCCAGUUAUGGUGUGUUUUGAUGUUAGAACUGAGAAACUAAGUUUUAUCCAAGCACAUGAGACUCUCCUUCGGUGGGGCAAGGAUUCCAUAUUUAUAGAUUACAAUGGGAAGCUAGCUUCUAUUGUGAGAUACCCUUAUGAUCGUUUCAACAGUUUUGAUUUAUGGAUAUUAGAAGACCCCGAGAAACAUGAAUGGUCAAAGCAACAUUGCGUGUUUCCCUCCUCCGUUUGGGAUUCUGUUUGGGGCUUGGAAAUGUCUUUUCCAGGAACCAACAAGGAUGGGGAGAUCAUUAUGGCUCCAACCACCUUGUCACCUGAGAUUGGACCCUUUUACAUUUUUUACUACAAUGUUAAAACACAAAAUGUCAGAAGAGUUAGGCUCCUAGGCAUUGGAGACAAUAAAGAGUUUAGACGCUCUUAUGGAUUCUUAAAGCAGCGUGAUUGUUUUGUCCGUGUCGCACCUCAACAUGUCCACAGUAUUGCCUCUCUCUGAGAAAGGUUCCAAAUAAAAGUUUCAAGGUUUCAACAGGGGAUGUAUCAAUAAAAAGAUUGAGAUCAUGGCAAGCUAUGGUUGUUUUUAUUUUUAUUUGCAAUUUAAGAGCAAAGGUGUUCGAGUUAGAGAAGUUCUUAGUGGGAUCUAGAGAGAACAUAUACAACAAGAAAUAUUACAGAGCGUUCUAAGAGGAGCUCGAGGAUCCACGUUUCGUUCCUCCCUGAAAAGAAAGUUCAUCUUCUCUGGUGCAUUGUUCAUCGGUGUUUGUCUUCUUCACCAGAACAGUUUGCUUCCAAGACUCGCGAAGACUACACUACUGUGAAUUUAUUCUUUUUAACAACUAUUAGGAUUACGCCUACAAUAAGGCAGAUGCAUAAAUAUACAAAUAAUUUAAAUAUAUUUAAAAUAUUUAAUUCAUUUAGCUCAAAAUUAAAUUAUUUUUAUAUUUUUAUCAUUUCAAAUUUGUUUAUUUGUUUUACAAAUCAUAAACUUAUCUAAAAAGAAUCUAAAUAUUUUACACAUCAAAUUAUAAAACAUAAUUUCUUUUUCAAGUUUGUUCUAAUUUAGUUUCUAACAAUAUGUAAUCUCAACUUUUUUUUUAACAAAAAAACAUCUAACUAAUAGCUGUAGCUUUAAUUAAAUAUAAUGUUAAUUUUUUCAAAAUUACCCUUCACUUUUAUACAGUCACACACAAAAACUAAAAAGGCAUUAUCGUAAACUAAGUUUGUCAUCAUCUGCCUUUGUCGUGGAAACUCAUCAUCUGUUGACUCAAAAAAAUUAUUUUUUUUUCCAAAAUAAUCAUUUUCUCUUCUUUUAUGUGUUUGCCUAUUGAAAUUUUUUGCAAAAAAUCUCUAAUUUCACACAAUCAAAUUUUGAAUUGUGAACUGUGUGAAAAAGGGUCUUUCUGAUUGAUUUAGAGACUUAAGGGUAAAGAAAUAUUGGUGUAGAAAAGAGUUGUGAGUUGGAGAAGAGUUUGGAAGUCGUUUCAAGCAAUUUCGGCGCACAGUUUUCUCUUCUCCUUCAUCCUUCUUCUCGUUCUCAAGCUUGAUCAUGUUCUUUUUCAAUCAUGAUGGUCUGUUUUUUUUUCUUUCUUUUUCCUGCCUUGACUUCUCUUUUCUAUGGCUAAAGUUGGGAUAAUUGUCUGAAUCAGUUGAUGGGUUUCUCUGAUAUUGAGUUUUGACUAAAAUUUGGGUACAAACUAUAAAUAUUGGAUCCUUGUGCGUUUAGCAAUGUCUAAAAUAGAAGUCUUUAUCAUUCCUUUGGUUCUGUUUUUUUUUUUUUGCAGAUUUAAUUUUACACCUUUGCGGCUGUUUCUGACUGAAAGUAGAGGGGUUUGCUGGUUUUUCCAUAAUCGUGAUGUGAUUUCCUGUGUGGGCUCCUUUUCAUUAUGUUAUGGCAAGGCCACUGCUUGUUGCUUUUGAGAUCCAGUUUUGUGUACAUCUUGAAGAUCACUAUGAAAUACUCUUUAACUUGUAAUAUUAAUUGCAGAAAAGUUUAUGGCUGGUGUGUUUUGUUACGAUAGAUUUGGUUGUGUCCAUGACUCCUUGUGUUGCAGUUGUUUAUGAUAUAUUUGGUUGUGUCUUA